AUGUCUGAAAACACAUCGUCCCUGCCGGAGCCCGGGUCGACUUCGCCUUUUGAAGCAGAGCUCCUCUUACGGACAAUCCUCCGUGAACACCAUAUCCUUGUCCCCGAAGACUUGGAUGAACUGAGGAGAUAUGUCGGGACCAUCGGCAGACAGAAUGGCAUGGCUCAGCAAGAGCAUGAAGAUGGGACAGUGAUCAAUGUGGAAGAUCUUUCGACGACGCAUACCUAUGUUCACGAUCAGGGAAAGACAUUCUUUGACGCCUCCUGCUCUGCCUGGGCUUUCUUCGACAGCGUCAGGGAGACCGUCGCUGGUGAGAAGUCGCACCUACCGAGCGAGAAGGAGAAGAAAACUGCCUAUAAGCACUUCAUCACUGAUACCCCGAGUCAGACCAUGUUCAAUGGGCGGAUGAGCCUCCUCGCUGCGUUGCCGCCACAACCAGUUAUCGAUUUUCUGGCUGCGUCUUUCUUUCGAUACUCUCAGUCCAACUACUUCAUCAUCCAUCCGGUAAUAUUUAGCAGAAAGCUGGCGGCCUUCAUAGAUGGUAACCAGGAGUUCGACCCAAAUCCAACAACUGGACGAUGCCGGUCCUCUUCAGACUUCCCGUGCAUUCUGUUCAUGGUGCUAGCCAUCGGCGCUCAGUACGCAGAUCUGGAGCAAGGACAAAGCGACGAGAGCGAGAGCUCUAAAUGUAGCAGCAAGAUACCUCCUUCAGGCUCCGAGGUCGUGCCAAAACCAGAAAGAAACCCUGGCUGGCCAUUUUACCAAAUAUCCAAGCGUCUCCUAGCUGACGUGGUUUCCUCAUGUUCCAUGACCAGCGUGCAGGCAUGUUUGCUUCAAGGCGCGUUCCUGAUGACUACAACCGCCCACGACGCAGCAUAUAAUCUCCUCGGGGUUGCAAUGCGGAUGGCAAUAAACAUGGGAAUGCACCGGCAUAAUAGAACAAACAGCCUACAUCCGCGAGUGCAUGAGCUUCGUAACCGGCUUUGGUGGAGUGUAUAUGCUCUUGAGCGCCUCUUUACGUUCCAGCUCGGACGGCCGAUUAUGAUUGAAGACGACGAGAUUGACACGCCAUUCCCGGUUGAUCUUCCUGAAUUGCAGGUUCCUGAGUAUACUAGCACCGUGAUAAAUGGCCAAAUCGCGAUUGUUAAAAUUCUACAAAUUGAAGGUCGGAUUCUCGAGACAAUGUACCCCGGCAAGGUCCUCGCGAGCCAUGGCCGGGUUAUCGACGUCCAAGUCUUCAAAGCCCUUAUUACCGAGUUAGAAGAUUGGCGAAAGACCUUACCUACAAAGCUGCUUUUAUCAUCAUCAUCAACAAGGGGAGUUAUACACCUCCAUCUGACAUAUGAACAUGCCGUAAUGCUCCUCAGCAGAACAGCACUUACCCACAUGGCAUCCUUGUGCAGCACAUCAAGACGCUCAAAACGUCAAACAACGCCAACAACGAUGCACACCUCAUUCCUCCAAAGCGCAGCAAAGGACUGCCUGGUUGCAGCAUCCUCUACUAUAUCCCUCUUCCAAGCUCUUAGACGACGGAAGCUCCUCUGCUCGUACUCAUGCCUGGACCCGCUCUACUGCAGCGGCGCACUGCACGUUCUCCUUCUGGGAGCAAAGAUUGAGGCACCAGACUCUCUAACCAGAAAAACAAUAAUGGAGGGUAUCAGUGUGCUUCGAGAGCUUGCCAAGGGAAGCGAGACCGCGGCAGCAUCGCUGAAGCAUAUUGAAUGA